CAAGAGCCGUGCUUUCAAGUCACACCUCUUUUUUCUUUCUAGCGUGCACUUCUGUCUCCACCUGGGGCAGGUAUUAAUGCGGGCACUUGCUCUUACUACAAAGCAGAAUUCCAUACAGGAGGAAUAUGGAACACUGGACUUCCCUGAACUUUAGGGUAGACAGGAACCCUCUAUUGGAUACACAAAUGUUCUGAGUGAGUUCCUCCAAGGAAAGGACAGCACCCUAGCAGGGAGAAUGCACGCCAUGGUGGGUUUUACCAGCAGAGGAAUCCUUCUACUUGUCAUACUGUUACAAUAUUCAACUUGCCAAGAAAGUCCAAGCAAUGAAGAUUCUCCUCCUUUCAACUUUACCCAAAGUGUGUACCAUGCAACCAUCUAUGAAAAUUCAGCCCCAAAAACCUAUGUGGUUAGCAAAGUAAAAAUGGGCAUUUAUCUAAAAGAUCUUCAAUGGACAAUAAAAUAUCGAAUUGUAUCAGGGGAUGCCACCGGCUUGUUUAAAACAGAGGAUGUGGUGGUUGGAGACUUCUGCUUUUUGCGCAUAAGAAUACGGAGCGGUAAUUCAGCACUUCUAAACAGAGAGGAUAAAGACAAAUAUCAUCUUAUAAUCCAUGCCUCAGAGAAGUCUUUACUGUAUGAAGCACGGGUUAAAGUCAUCAUUCAAGUUUUGGACACAAAUGACUUAAAGCCACUCCUAUCAAAAUCAGCCUAUCAAUUUAAAGUCAGAGAAGAUGCUGCUCUCAAAACAGUUGUUGGUAAAAUAAGUGCCACAGAUGCUGAUUUGGGACAAAACGCAAUGUUUUUUUAUACUUUCAGUACCAAGAAUCCAUUUUUCUGCAUUCAUCCAACAAGUGGUAUUGUCAUAUUGACUGGGAGAUUGAAUGCAAGAGAAAAAUCUCAUCACAGUCUUCAAAUUUUAGUAGUUGACCGCAUGAAGAAGCUCUCAUUUGGAGAUGGGUUUGGGAAUGUAGCUUCUCUGGAAGUCCUAGUGGAGCCUGCAGUCAAAAAACCUCCCUUUAUUGCAUCUGUAACAACAGCUAUGCCAGAUUCAUCAGACAGGCUCCUGUAUGCCACAGUCAUUAUGGACCAGGCACAUUCUGAAUGUAGCAUAGAUUCUUUGGAGAUUGUUGCUGGAGACCCAUUCAAAUAUUUUAAGGUGGUGCGUUCUUACUUAGGGAAAAAUGAAUUCACAAUAAUCUCUACUGCCCAGAUUAACUGGAUGCAAAACCAGCAAGGCUUUAAUCUCAGUCUUCGAGCAAAAGACAAGAGCAAACCACCAAUCUAUUCACCAGUGGAAACCAUUUAUAUACCCCCUUGGAGAUAUGCUUUAGCAAAGUUUGAGCAGGAACUUUACAAAGUCCAGGUUAGUGAAUGUGUCCCUCCUGGAAGUCAUGUUAUUUUGUUGAAAAUUAUUCCUGCCAUUCCAACAGUGGAAUAUCACUUUAAGGCUCCUACAGAUACAUUUAAAAUAUUCCCCAAAACUGGUUUAAUUGUUACCAAUAGCCAUAUGGAUGUUAAAGAUCAGUCUCAGUUUCAGUUGGAGGUGAUUGCACUUCAUGGACAAAUUACAUCCACAGUUAUUGUUGAUCUCAUAGACUGUAAUAAUCAUGCUCCCGUAUUUACAAAGUCUUCAUAUCAUGGAACGUUCAAUGAAAAUAUCCCUGUAGGAUCAAGAAUUUUACAGGUUAGUGCCUCUGAUGCUGAUUUAGGAAAUAACGGUAAUAUCACCUAUACUCUUGCAAGCCCCAAAGGUGCCCCAUUUGAAAUCAAUCAAUUCACAGGUGUAAUAACCAAUAAAAGGAUGCUUGACUAUGAGUUAACUCAAAGGUGGUAUCGCCUGCGAGUUUGGGCAUCAGACUUGGGGUCACCUUUCCGUCAACAAAGUGAGGUGUUUAUAUCUCUCAUCCUGAACAAUCUAAAUGACAACUCUCCAAUGUUUGAGCAAGUGAACUGCAAUAUACACAUUCCAAGAGACAUCUCUAUAGGAGAAAAAGUGGUUGCCCUCUCUGCUGUUGACAUUGAUGAACUUCAGAAUAUCCAAUAUGAGAUUGUGUCUGGCAAUGAGCAACAGAAAUUCAAAAUAGAUCCUACCUCAGGAGUCAUUACUGUUAGGGAUUCUUUUUAUGGUUCAUCUGAGCUAAGUUCUAUUUACUCUCUUAUCGUCACUGCCAAUGAUGGUGAAAAUUAUGCAUUGCCUACUGUAGUUAAUAUCACAUUAUCUAGUAAGAGUUUGUCUGUUUCUGUAAAAUGUGAAGACACAGGAGUGGUAAAUAAAAUAGCUGCAACUAUCAUUGAUACACUUGAUAGGCAUUUACAAGACCAGAGCCAGGAGGAAGACACACCCUUAAAUGUCUACCUUAUAAACAGCUGCACACCACAAUUUGAUGACAGUUUUCCAGCAUCUAUUGAUGUUGCUGAAGACACUCCAAUGUAUUCUUUGAUCAUUCAACUAUUUGCCACUGAUACUGAUACUGGAUUUAACGGUCACCUUGUUUAUGUGAUUUCUGAAGGGAAUGAUGAUGGUUGUUUUGUAAUUGACAUGGAAACAGGGAAGUUAAUGGUGUCCUCACCAUUGGACAGAGAAAGAACGGCUUCCUAUAUUCUCAAUGCUACAGUAUAUGAUCUUGGAGUACCGCAGAAGUCUUCUUGGAAGAUUUUAGCUGUGAACUUGCUGGAUGCCAAUGAUAAUGCACCCAUUUUUCCUUCAUUAGGAUAUUGUGUUGCAAUACCAGAGGAUUCUAAAAUAGGUACCUCUGUUCUUAAGGUAAGAGCAGAUGACCCUGACAUAGACGACAAUGGCAAAGUAAUAUAUUCAAUUCUGACACCUACAGACAAGUUUGGAAUUGAUGGUCUCACAGGAGAGAUAACAGUCAAAAACACCUUAGACAGAGAGACAUUGGCAUCAUAUAAACUUAAAAUAGAAGCCAGAGAUCAGCCUAAAAAUGGCAGGCAACUAUUUUCUGUUACUGAUGUUGUUGUAUCUUUGGAAGAUGUCAAUGACAAUACUCCACUAUGCAGGCCCGUGACAGCAAAUGUGAAGGCUCCAGAAGAUAUUCCUUUAGGGACUACACUAUACUUUGUGGAAGCACUAGACUUGGAUGUUGGUCCCAAUGGAGAAGUCUCCUAUUCUCUUAUAAAUGAUGAGAAUGGGAUAUUUCAAAUAGAUAAAUUAACAGGUGCUUUAACUCUACAGAAAGAACUGGACUUUGAGAAAAGGUCUUUUUACAACUUAACUGUGAGAGCUACAGAUGUUGGAUACCCAUUUUCUCAUUCUACAGUUUGUCAUGUUGAGUUAGAGGUGUUGGAUGUGAAUGAGAAUCUACACACUCCAUACUUUAACUCCUUUGUGUUUCAUGGGUCAGUGCAAGAGAACUCUCCACCAGGAACUCAAGUGCUUUCCAUUACUGCUCGGGAUGAAGACAAAGGGAAAGAUGGAGAGGUACGAUAUUUAAUAAGGGAUGGCUCUGAUCUCUCUGUCUUCAGCAUCAAUGAAGAAACAGGUGCACUCAGGACUGAAGCUCCUCUGGACAGAGAAUCAGUUUCUCAUUACUGGCUAACGGUCUAUGCCACAGACCUGGGGUCCAUUCCUCUGACCUCAGUUGCUGAAGUUUACAUUGAAGUUACUGAUAUUAAUGAUAACAUGCCUCAGCUCUCCCAGGCUGUGUUCUAUGCUUCAGUAACUGAGAAUUCACCUCCUGAUGUCUCUGUGCUACAACUAAAUGCUUUUGACUCAGACUCUGUUUCUGCUGGCAAAAAUUCUUUUCAGUUCUCCAACGGGAAUAGUCAAGGAUUCUUUGCACUGAAUCCAUCUACAGGCUUGAUCUCUACAACAGCAAAACAGUUGAAUCGGGAAAAUAAAGAGGAACAUACCCUUGAGGUUACGGUGUCUGAUAAUGGGAUGCCUCCGCUACAGUCCACUUCCCGUGUGGUCAUACAAGUGCUUGAUGUGAAUGACAAUCCCCCAAUGUUCCUUCAGAAGCUUUUCACAGUUCAGCUUCCAGAAAGGCCUCUCUGCCCUGAUCCUGCCCCAGUCUACCGGCUUGUAGCUAUGGACAGGGACAAGGGAAUAAAUGCAAAAGUAACAUACAGCAUUACUGAGGCUACAGGAGAUAUGUUUACCAUUCAGCCUUCUACUGGUGUCAUUUCCUCUAAAGGACCCUUUCCUGCUGGAGAAUACACAAUACUGACGGUAAAAGCAGCAGAUGGUGGCAGCCCUGCUCGUUCUUCUACUGUGCGACUCCACAUUGAGUGGAUCCCAAAGCCUGACCCUUUAGAAGAGCCCCUUGGAUUUGAUGAGCCUAGCUAUAACUUCCAAGUCAUGGAAACAGAUCCAGUGAACCACAUGGUGGGCUUAAUUGGCACAGAGUCCAUAAAUAAUCAGGUCUGGUUUCAAAUCACAGGUGGUGAUGAUGAACUGGACUUUGACAUAGAUAAGACAACAGGGGGAUUGGUAAUAGCCCAACCUUUGCAAGCAAGCAAGAAAUCCAAUUACAUUCUCACUGUUGAGGUAACAGAUGGACCUAGUGCUGUUACCACACAGGUGUACAUUGAUGUGGUCCCCUUUAACUGCCACCGCCCGGAAUUUCUGGAAAGCCAUUAUGAGGUGCAAGUCUUUGAAGAUGUACCACUUGGAGAUGAUAUACUUAAGAUCAGUGCAACAGAUAAGGACAGUGGAAACAAGCUAAUCUAUACCAUCCAGGGUAGUGCUGAUCCUAGGAGCUCAAAAAUGUUCCGUCUUGAUCCAAACAGCGGCAUCCUGUUCACCACUGAGGCUUUGGACUACGAAACCAUUCCCAUGCAUAUCUUGACUGUCAUGGUACGAGAUCAAGACAUCCCAAUUAAAAGAAAUUUUGUCCGGGUCAUUAUUCAUGUACAAGACAGUAAUGACCACCCCCCUUGUUUCAUUCGAUCCGUAUAUGAAGUAAGCCUGUCCAACUCUGCUCCUAUCACAACAGAAGUAGUGCAAGCCAGGGCCACUGACUUGGACCAAGGGAUCAAUGCCAAGAUCCACUACUCUAUUCAGUCAGGUAACACAGAGGGAUAUUUUACAAUUGAUUCAACUUCUGGUGUGAUAUCUGUAGCAAAAGCACUGGAGCACCCUUCAAAGAACCAAUUUAUAAUGAAUGUAGUGGCAAUUGACCAAGGAAUACCACAGUUUCAGGACACAACCACAGUUAAUGUUUAUAUCAAGCCUUCUGAUGCCUCACCUCCUAAAUUUGUGUCUGCUGAGUAUGUGGUUGAGAUAACUGAACUAAUGCCCAUAGGUUCUUUUGUUACCAUGGUAUCCGCAACAAGCUGGUCCUCUAUCAAUUAUGAAAUCAGAGAUGGCAAUACAGAGGGUGCUUUUUACAUUAACUGCUACUCUGGCAUUAUUUCCAGCCUGAAGAAAUUGGACUUUGAAACCACAUCUUCCUACCAACUCAAAGUGCGUGGUAACAGUUCACUGGGUUUAUACAGCGAAACCACAGUUUUUAUCUAUAUUAUUGAUGAGAAUGAUAAUGCGCCUGUAUUUUCCCAAAUUAUGUAUACCGGACAGAUCAGUGAAGAUGCGAUAGUUGGAAGCAUGGUCACUAAACUAGACCUUACUCCUUUGAUCAUUCGAGCUUCUGAUAAUGACACUGAGUCUAAUGCUUUACUUACCUACCAGAUCAUAGAUCCAGAAGUUCUCAAAUAUUUCCAGAUUGAUCCAAAUAUGGGAACUAUUUUCACAGCUGCUGAAAUUGAUUAUGAACUUACCAAGGAAUUUAAUUUUAUUGUACAUGUACAUGAUGGAGGCUUGCCAAGUUUAUUUGCAGCAACACCUGCAAAAGUCACUAUUCAGGUGUAUGAUAUUAAUGAUUCCCCACCUAGAUUCCUAAGAGACAUCUAUGAGUUGAAUGUUUAUUUACCAGCUUACCAGAGCAUGGAGAUCCUCCAUGUAGAAGCCAAGGAUGAAGAUUCCAUGGUAACAUACAGUAUCCCUGAAGGCAAUGAGGAUAAUGCUUUUUUUGUUGAGCAAAACACUGGACUGCUGACUUUGAAUAAUCCUUCCCUUCUGAAUGCAUACUGUGAACUUACAGUAAAGGCAUCAGAUGGAUUGUACUAUGAUACAACCUUGGUAAAAAUUAACGUAACGGAGAUACAAGAUAGCAGCAUAAAAUUUGAUCAGAAUUACAAGGCUCAGGUUUUUGAAAAUGAUGCUCAAGUCCAGGUUUUGACUGUUGUAGGUGUGGUGGGUAUUUAUCUCAAUGAGCCACUUUAUUUUUCAGUUCUUACAUAUACAAAUUACUUUCAGAUAAGCAGAUCUUCUGGUGUCCUGCAGACAAAGGGUUUAGGCUUUGACAGAGAAGUGCAGGAGAAAUUUGAUGUUGUAAUCGAGGUACAGGAUAGCAGGAGUCCACCCCGACUUUCUCAAACUAAGGUAGAAGUUCAAGUGGAAGAUGUCAAUGAUAAUCAACCAGAAUUCAUAAACACCCCAUACUACAUUAUAGUUGAGGAUGGACUGGAGCCUGGCGAUGUUAUUUUUCAGGUUACCGCCAUAGACAAAGAUUCUGGAAAAAACAGUGAAUUAACAUACUGGUUAACAGAGGAAUAUAAGUAUUUUAGGAUUGACCCAAAUUUGGGAGAUAUUGUUUUGAAGCAGCCUUUUGACUUUGAAGCCUUGAAUCAAUAUAUUGUGAAAGUAGGAGUAAUAGAUCAUGGGCAACCUCCUUUCCAUGCAGAAGAGGAAGUAGUAAUUAUUGUUAAAAAUAAAUCCCAUCCUAUAUUCCAGAGUCUUUACUAUAAAGUAACAGUUCCAGAAAACAUUCCAGUUUACACUCCUAUUUUACACAUACAGGCCCGCAGUCCAGAGGGCUUUCGUGUCAUUUACAAUAUAGUGGAAAAUGAGGUUUUAGUUCUGUUUAACAUUGACUUUAAAACUGGCGCUCUUAGUAUUGCAGGUCCACUUGAUUAUGAGAGCAAAACAAAACAUAUAUUAACAGUCAGAGCCACUGACACAGCUAUGGGAUUAUAUUCCGAAUCUAGAGUCUCAGUAGAGGUUGAGGAUGUAAAUGAUCAUGCUCCAGUCUUCUCUAAAUUGGUUUACCUCAGUCAAGUUAUGGAAAAAUUGCCUCCGCACAGACCAGUUAUUCAGGUGGGAGCUACUGAUCAAGAUUCUGGACAAAACCAAAAAGUAUCAUACCACAUUUUAGGAAAUAACACAGAUGAUGCUCUUGAAUUCUUUCAUAUCGAAUCCAAAACAGGUGAAAUAACAACAACUCAAGAGUUGGAUUAUGAAUCAAGACAGCAAUUUCAGUUUAAAGUCAGGGCAAUAGAUCAUGGAAAUCCACCUCUACAUGCAGAUGCUCUAGUCAUUGUUAAUGUUUCUGAUGUGAACGACAAUCCUCCAGAGUUUAGUCAGCCUCUAUAUGAAGCCAAUGUUAGUGAACUUGCAAAUUGUGGCCACAUGAUUAUAAAAGUCCAGGCUCUUGACAAAGAUAGUACAGAUGCUGGUAAGCUAGAGUAUCUAAUUCAAUCUGGCAACAACCAUCGACAUUUCAACAUAAAUAGAACCUCUGGUGUAAUAUCUAGGUCUAACCUUUGUAAGAACAGUAUAAAUCAAUCAUACUACCUUCUAGUCUCAGUGUCAGAUGGAGUCUUUAGGGCCAGUGUUCCGGUGUAUAUUAAUAUCACCCAUGCCAAUAAGCAUAGCCCUUCAUUUCAGCAAGACAUGUAUGAAGUUGAACUGGCAGAAAAUGCAGAUGCAGGCACAGCAGUAAUUGAAGUGCUGGCAGUAGAUUAUGACGAUGGUCCCUAUGGAAUUGUACAAUACACAAUAAUAAAUAAGCUGGCCUCUGAGAAGUUCUCAAUUGAUAGUAAAGGACAUAUAGCUACACUGGCUAAACUUGACCGUGAGAAUUCCACAGAGAGGGUUAUAGCUAUUAAAAUCAUGGCCAAGGAUGGAGGAGGUAGGGCAGCCUUCUGCACAGUAAAAAUAAUAUUGACUGAUGAGAAUGACAAUCCACCUCAGUUUAAAGCAACAGAGUAUACACUGUCUGUACAGUCAAACCUUAAUAAAGGUACACCUAUAAUUAAAGUAGUUGCCUUUGAUGCAGAUGAAGGACUAAAUGCAGAUGUCACUUAUUCACUUGACACAUCUGAUGAAGAUUUAUUUCAGAUAAAUCCCACAAGUGGUGUUGUCACAGCUAAGGAAAGCAUUCUAGGAUUAGAAAACCAAGUUAUAAAUUUUAUUGUCAUAGCAAAAGAUGGCGCGCCUCCACACUGGAGCUCACUUGUCCCUGUUCAUCUACAGAUAGUGCCAACAGAAGUUCCUCUACCUAGGUUUUCUGAACCUCUAUAUAGUUUUUUAGCACCUGAAGACUUGCCUAUGGGUUCAGAGGUGGGUCUCGUAAAAGCAUUGGCUGUAGAGCCAAUCAUCUAUAGCCUUGUGGAAGGAACAACUCCAGAAAGCAACAAAGAUGGUGUAUUUUCUCUGGAUAAGCACACAGGAGCCCUAAUUAUAAAAAAAGGUGUUGAUCAUGAAAAAACUAAAUGGUAUCUAAUUGAUGUGCAGGCUAAUUGCUCUUACCAAGGAAAACAGUUAUUAUCAAUAGUGCCUGUAAGCAUACAGGUAAAGGAUAUUAAUGACAACCAGCCUUUUUUUGAGGCAGAUCUAUAUAAAGCUUCCAUGGCUGAGAACAUGCCCUCUGGAAGCACUGUAAUACAGGUUACUGCCAAUGACCAGGAUACAGGAAGUGAUGGGAUGGUCACUUAUAGCCUAAAAUCUGAUUCAGCAGAAAUCCAGCAGUUCUUCACCAUUGACAGUGAUAAUGGAUGGAUCACAACAUUAAAAGAGUUAGACUGUGAAAAACAAGAAGUCUAUCGUUUUUAUGUGGUGGCAUCAGACCAUGGCAGGAAAAUACAGCUAUCUUCAGAGGCCCUUGUGGAAGUGACAGUGACUGAUGAUAAUGAUAACCCCCCAUAUUUCACCUCUCAAGUUUACAAGGGAUCCGUAACUGAGAACAGUGAACCAGGACAAAUUGUAACUACCCUCAUAAUCUGGGACAAAGACAUAUCUGAGAACAACAGAAAAGUGACAUGUUAUAUCACAGACGGAGACUCUUUGGGCCAGUUUAGUAUUGAUAAAGCUGGAGACCAGUGGGUUAUUCAGACUAAGAAGCCUUUGGACCGGGAGGAAGAAGAGAAACACCUCCUGCAAGUAACUGCAUCAGACGGCAAAUUCCAAGCUACUGUUGGCGUUGAAAUAACUGUGCUUGACAUCAAUGAUAACAGCCCUGAGUGCCUGCAGAUGCUUUACACAGCAACAGUUUCCGAAGAUGCACCUCCGGGUCUGUUUAUCACAAAAAUAUCAGCCAAGGAUUCUGAUGUUGCAAAUAAUGCACAAUUAUCCUACGCACUUUAUGGUCUUGGGGAUAACCUGUUCCGACUAGAUCCUAAUACAGGGGAGCUGACAACACUGACACCUUUGGACAGGGAACAGAGGUCAUCAUACAAACUUGUUGCAAAAGCCACUGAUGGUGGAGGAUUGUCCUGUCAAGUGGAUGUAAUCUUAAACCUUCAGGAUUUAAAUGACAAUAGCCCUACUUUUUCUAUGGAAUACUACUCUGUGACAGUGUUUGACAACACUACAGUGAAAACUCCAAUUGUUGUGGUCUCUGCCAGGGAUCCUGACGAAGGAUUAAAUGCAGAAGUUGUGUACGCUCUUCCGAACUCUGCCAAUGGCCUCUUUUCAAUUGAGGAAGCUACUGGGAUUAUUCGUUUAGAAAGGCCUCUUGAGGAUAUGGAGGACACUGUCAUUUACCUAAAAGCUUGUGCAUUAGAUCGCGGAUUCCCCCGCCCACUCUCAACUUGCACAGACAUUACUGUGUUUGUAGCCUCUCUGAGUCGUUCAGUUUUCGGGAGCCCCGAGAAAAUGAUAGAUGUUCCAGAGGACAAAGCAGUGGGGUCAGAACUGUUAAAUCUAGCAGAUCUCACUCAAAGCAGGGAAGAUAUUGUAGGAAUUAAAUAUGAAAUCUUGAAUGGAAAUGAAAAGGGAAUUUUCCGUCUUGCUCCAGACACAGGUAUUUUAUACUUGAACAAGAAUUUGGACUUUGAAAUGGAUCAUCAGUACUAUCUGUCAAUAGAAGCCACAAGUGAUGACUAUCCUCCACUUAGUGAUGUCACCGUUGUGAUUAUUAAUGUUUCUGAUGUUAAUGACCAGGAACCUAGAUUCAGCCAGGAGGAUUAUGAUGCAGAGAUAAGGGAGGAUGUUGUGGUGGGAGAUUUUGUUCUUGUGGUGUUAGCCUUUGAUCAGGAUGGGCCUUACAACAAUAAAAUAACAUAUACCAUAAUGAAAGGAGAUCCAUUGGGACAUUUCUCAAUACACCCAGAACAUGGGGAGAUUAGAGUCUUAAGCCUUUUGGACAGAGAGCAGAGGUCCAGUUACCACCUGGUAGUCCGUGCUACAGACAAUGGUCGACCAGCUCAUUUUAAUGAAGUGUCAGCCCGGGUCUACUUGUCUGAUGUGAAUGACAAUCCUCCUAUAUUUUCACAGAGCAACUAUAGCCUAGUCAUUCAGGACAGUGCCCCUAUUGGCACCACAUUGGUGAAACUCAUCGUAACAGAUAACGAUUCUCCCAAGAACGGCCCUCCCUUCCACUUCCAGAUUGUAGGAGGAAAUGAGGGCAGUAUGUUUAAGAUUAGUCCUGAUGGUGUCUUGUUUAACACUGUUGUUCCAAAUAGAGUAACCAAAGAGAAGUAUCUCCUGGAAAUCCAGGUAGCAGACAAUGGAAUCCCUCACCUUUUUUCCACCACCUUCACCAGCAUCCAAGUAAUUGAUCAAAGCCAUUACUCUCCUGUAGUUCUACCCUUGGAAAUAUUAAUAACCACCAGCGAGAGAGUUUUCCACGGCAGCGUUCUAGGCAAGCUACAUGCCACAGAUCAGGACCCACAUGAUACUCUUAUGUUCAGCUUGGCUGCAGAGGAAAGUAAAAAGCGUCUAUUUUCUGUGGGACAUGCUGAUGGAAAGAUUAUGGCUCUUCAAAGUCUUAACCAGGGAUAUUACAAUUUGAAUGUCACAGUCAGUGAUGGCACUUUUUCCACCUCGGCUCCAGUCUCUAUCUACGUGUGGUGCUUUAGCGAGGAGGCCCUCAAAUUAUCACUUGUUCUGCGGUUCAAGGACUUAUCCCCAGAAGAGUUUAUUGGAGACCACUGGCGCAGUUUGCAGAGGUUUAUUGGAAAUUUGCUUAAAGUGGAUCGACAGCAAAUUCAGAUGGCCAGCCUCCAGAAGGAUGAAGACGCAUCUUAUUUGGACCUUCUUUUGUUGGCAGGAGUGGGCCAAAGCUCUGACAACAAUCCACUUGUUCUUGCUGAAAAAAUUACUAAAUCGACUCACGAUUUAGUUCAGUCACUUGGUUUACAAGUCAUGAAGAUGUUUUACCUGCCUUGCCAAGAUCUUCAGUGCCAAAACCGUACCUGCCAGGAGUUGAUACAUCUAGAUCCCACAGUGUUAUCAUCUUACAGUACUGCCAGACUCAGUGUUAUAACACCCAGACACACUCUGCAACAAGCCUGCACUUGCAAUGUAGGCCCAGCAUUAAAAUUUGACAGUGACAGUUUUGUGCAACACAUCAGUGAAUUUGGCUGGAACUGGAGGAUUCAAUUUCGUCUUAAAACUCAUCAGUCUGACUCUGUGAUAAUUUUCGCCAAUGGGUCAGCUAUGUUUGAGCUAAAGCUGCAUAAUGGGGCUCUACAUUUCAAACAGCAAUGUAUAGACAAUGUCAUCCAGGAAUUGGUCUCAGAAGUAACAUUAAAUGAUGGAUAUUGGCACAAUGUACUACUGGAGGUAACUGGACCAUUUGUCCUGCUCAGACUUGAUGAUAAUGACACCAGGCAACCUAUCCAACCCUGUCCUGCCCAGUCGACAUUGCUAAAUCUGUUUAUUGGUGGAGUCAUCCAAGAAUCAGACUAUGUAUCCAACGGAUUCCAAGGUUGUGUGGAUGACAUCAGUAUUAAUGGACAGACCCUUUCAAGUCUUGGACAGCCUGUGAGUAAGAAAGGCAUUGUACCAUGCUGUGAGCAACAUGGAGUCUGUACCAAGAAUCCUUGCCCAUCUGACAGAAUAUGUGCAGAGUUGCCUUAUGGAGGUUACUCAUGCCUCAGUCAUUCUCUAUUCAGUGAUCAAGGAACAGACCCCUGCAACCAUUCUCAUUGCUUGCACAGUAGGGCUUGUACCCCCAUGUCCAAUGGAUACAUGUGUAGUUGCCCAUUAGGACAUACUGGAGACAGGUGUGAAGUUGGAAUUAAAGACUGCUUGGACACUUCCUGCCAACCCAAUUAUCAGUGCAACCACAGCAGUUGCGAAGAGAGUGUGACCCCUACUACAAACAGCAGAUAUAUUUUGGUGUCUGGACCCCAGGAGAUUGUUGAAAUUCUUGGAGGACUCCUUGCUGUUUUGUUUCUUGUUGGGCUCUUUGUGGUGUUCAGAAAGCGCAUAUGUCAGAAAAAUGUGAAACAUAAGCCUGCCCCUCAUGAGGACCCAGAUCUAAAGCACCAUUUGUCCAGAGACAUAGGAGUCGGUACACCUGUGCCUCAUUUGGAACUCAACAUCCUCAGUGCUUUAGGUCGUACCCAGUUGGAUGCAGAGGGGCAACCACGGCGUCAGCCAAUCCCAGAGCUUCUCACAUUUUGCAAGCCACAAGGUGGCCGAGAACCAGCUGUUUGCAGCGUGGCCCCUAAUCUACCUCCAGCACCUCCAUCAAGCUCGGAUAAUGAAUCCAUUGCCAAGAACCACUGGGACUGUGAAGACAGUAGCACUGGGGAUAAUCCAUACUGGCCAUGCAGCUAUUCACCUGCAAAUGGACAAGGAUUCAAAGCCUAUGAUUCUGUUCAGAGCACACAUACUCUUUCUAAGCACAGUUCAGCCCCUCCAGUCCCUCCACUUCCCAAGGAAACAGAGUCUGACAAUCUGUAUGGGGGCUUUCCAUUUCCACUGGAGUCCAUCAACAAGAGAUCCCCCAUACCUGCUUGUUACAGCAACAGCACCCUAGAUGAUUUUCUCCCUCAGCCUCCUCACUGCCUAGACCAGUAUACUGCAAUCAGCUACUAUCCUUCUCAGCUUCUCAAAUCUGAGUGCUUAACUCAUAAGCCUGAUGAUGGCUACCGGCGUCUUAGUGUGCGCCUUAGUGUAGCUCAGCCUUCCUAUGCAAACUGUAGCCCACCACCCAUGCCACCUCUAAACUACCAGGCCACUAAUAUGGCAGAAAGUGACUAUGGCAGCUCUGAAGAAGUGAUGUUUUAAAAGGAAUGGACGUUGUUUUAAUUAGAAUAUCCAGAAGAGCAAAAGGAAAGACCAACCUUGAGAUUGGGGACUUCUCUCAUUACUAUAGUGGUAAUAAAUCUUCUUGGAGAUCAGUCUGACUGAGGAAGGCCAGGGAGAAUUUCUUGUACAAUGGCUGCUGGACAGGCAUUAAAGAAAUGUCUAUGAAGAUUUUCAUUCAUCCAGGUCAUGGUAUAUCUAGUAUAAAUAAAUUUAAAGCAACGUGACUUGUUUGGUAAUCAUUGAAGAAAUCACUGCAGUGUCCUGAUGUACUGUCUGAAGUUAAAUGGGAUAGGUCAGGAGAGAAGCACCUUUGUUGCUGCCGAGAUUGGUUCUUUAUACAUUACAUUUGCUUAUUGACUGAAAAGCUGAAUAUGUUUUAGUAUUACCUCUAGGAGGAAGCAAAAAUGUCAGCUUUAUGUAGUGGUUACAAGGGGCUGUCUUAGUAGCCAAGACCUUAUUGUUAUACAUUUAACACUUUUAUAAAUGAUCAUACAACAUGACUACAAAGGGUGGUCCUAGUGCAGAUGCCAGAUGCAAUGUUUAAGUAUACCAUUGCAAUGUUUAAGUAAUCCAUUGCAACCAACUAGAUCUCCUUCUCUCUCAUUUUCCAACUGCUGGUAUCUGCACUAUGGCAAUUUUGCACCUACAGUAUUAUUCAUUUAUAAACACAGGUGCUAACUUGUGUAAGUGCCACUAGUAACAAAUCAGGUAUUUGCUUUCAUUGUAGACUGCUCAGAUCUGAUUGCUGAUUGGUUGCUAUUGGCAAUAGCCCUUGUUUAAUUUAACACAUUUGUAAAUCAGCCCCAUUGUAUCAAACUUAAUUUGUCAUUGAUUUGUCUUGGACCUGACAAAGCCUCUCUCGGUAUCUGCCUUGCAUUAGACUUGGAUUCCCAAUACUAAUCUAUAAUCAGUUUCACGUUUUAAUGCUAUGCUGCCACUUCUAGUGUGCAAUGGACAUACACAGAAUCUCAUUAUUAGUCUAGGUAGGAGAUGGGAGUACCGUAUUGUACUUCCACGUGAUGAUGAUGGGAGUUACAGUUCUAAAAGAGCUCAAGGACAAUGAUUGACAGCUCUGCUUCUCCAGCCUCUGCUUAAGCUGUGGGGCGGGUGCCAAUAAUAAUUUGGCCCAGUAAUACAUAGCACUGUAAUAAAAUCACAUACAUGUGAAUAUUGUUCCAUUGCUUUCUACUGGUAGAUGAACAGUGGUGAUAUCUUUCCAAAAAGAGUUGAAUUUUUAAAAAUCUUGUGUAUAUUGCUGUAUUUUUUUUAAAAGGAAAGCAAUAAAGUAUAAUUUUUAUAAA